CAAGCCUAAGACUAAAGUCACCUCUAAACACACGAGAAGGAAUAAGAACGGUAAGACAAACCAGCAUCAAACUAAUUAACCUAAGGAUUAAUGAUUGCCACAAGAGAAUAAAUAUUCACGAGAAGGCAUGUAAAAAGAUAGAACAUUAUCUUCAUGAACGCAUUCCUGAAGACUUACUGAAAAUAGUAAAGAAAAUUUCAAACGAACGGAGAGAAAGAGUUAAAGCAGAAACACGGGAAAAAUUGGGAAAGAAAUUAAACGCAUUGUAUGAAAAAUCAAGCCGAAAACAAAAACCGCAAGAAAACUGGGUUAAGAAUAUUUCGAACAGAGUUUUAGAUACGAAUGAAAUGAGCGUGUUAUCUUAUGGAAUGAAACACUCCCUAGCGCCAAAACAUUUACCAACAGCGAAAAUACUCGCAAGCGUAGAAGCCGCCAUUAGACAAAAGCAAGAUCUAUCUAUUGAGACGAAAGAAACCAUUCGAGCUAAAGUUGCGUCCACACUCCAAUCAAGUGUGAAGCCAGUAAACAAUCUGAGUAAGGACGAAGAACUAGCGCUGUCUCGAUUGCGGAAAGACGACACAAUUGUUAUCACACCAGCAGAUAAAGGACGAGUAACGGUAGUUAUGAAUAAAGCAGAAUAUCGCGAGAAAAUGGAUAAUCUUGUUAAGGAUGAUAAAACUUAUAAGAAACUUAAGAGGGACCCCUCUAAGAAAUUACAACGGAAACUUAACGAGAAAUUAUUCCCUUUGCAUCUAGCAAACAUUUUAAAUAAACCGUUAUACUCGAGGUUAUCAUGUUCAGUUGCUCAAACUCCUAAGCUGUACGGUCUGCCAAAGAUCCACAAAGAAAAUAUACCACUUAGACCAAUCGUCUCGUUCUGUUCAUCACCGACGUAUGAACUGUCUAAGUAUCUUGCUAACAUCCUUAAACCUCUUACAGAACAAUCCGAGCAUCGAUUGAUAAAUUCCGAAGCAUUUAUAACCAGAAUCAAGAAUGCGCAAAUUAGCGAAGAUCACGAACUCGUGUCAUUUGAUGUGAAAUCUCUAUUUACGAGUAUCCCUUUAGAUCUAGCAAUCGUAAACGUGAAAGAAGCGUUAGCUAAUUACAGCGACGACCUACCUAUACCUAAAGACGAAGUCAUCGACCUUCUUACCCUCUGCCUUGAAUCAACCUUUUUCCAUUGCGACGGGAAUUUCUACCAGCAGCUUCACGGCACGGCCAUGGGUUCCCCGGUCUCAGUUGUCGUAGCAGAGAUCGUAAUGCAGCGUUUGGAAGAGAAGGAAUUAGCAACCUAUCCCAACCCACUACCAUUCUGGUAUCGAUAUGUUGAUGACACGAUAACAAGUUUGAAGAAAGACGAAAAAGUUGAUUUUCUUAACCACCUUAAUCAGCAGAAUCCGAGCAUCCAAUUUACAAUUGAGCCAGAAAAGAACGGGCAAUUAGCGUUCUUGGACUGUUUGGUCACCAGAUCAGGCAACACCAUUAGAACAAGCGUAUACAGGAAACCUACUAGUACGGACCGUUUGUUAGAUGAUUCGUCAUACCACCCAGCCUCGCACAAAUCAGCGACCAUUAAAACCUUAGUUAAAAGAGCCCACGUAAUUUCCAGUUCAAAUGAAGAUCUCGAAGCAGAAUUGAAACACUUGAAUGAAGUAUUUGACGUGAACAACUACUCGAAACCUUUU